UGAUAGUUAUACGUGUUGGGGGGUUGAAUCCUCCUCUCCCGUCGGUUCACUAUUCAUCGCCACCCCCAUGGAUCUAUUGAUUAGCGCGAACUGAUCUGGGUCACAAGAGUCCAAAUCGCCGAUUUGUUAUAAUAGAUGCAUCGGUGACGGAAUCCGAUGCCUGAAUGGCAGACAACCCAUCGCGAAAUAAUAGCACCAUUCGAAUCGAUGUGAUUAGAUGUGAAGCUGCCACAAAGACCUGCUGGUGAUUCAACCAUUGUGUCUCGAAACACUGAUCCUCAGUUAGUGAGCAGUCGAGUGGUGGGCCACAAAGAAGCUUUUUGACAAGGGUAAGCAAUGGUCUUUCAUCCCGGAAAGGAUUUAAAAGUUCGGACAGACUAUCGAGUUUACAUCCAAGAUUUCAAUAGUCGGUAAUUGCUUGUUUUUUCAAACAGACCUUCCCCUCCGCGAAAGCCAAACAGAUGAUAUUUUUGUGUUUACGGAUACAAUGUUUAUGGAGCUUGAAUGUCGAAGUAUGAAAUGCAGAUCUGACAGAGGGCAUGUACACUUGAGUCUGGAAAAGAAAACUUUGACAAGUUUUUAUCGAUCUUUUUCCGGGCGUCCCUAUUGAAUGAAGGACAUCGCAUGGUCACCCACAUAGGGAUGCUUUGUUUUUGCUUUCUCUUGGGCAUCAAAGAUCGAUGUGGAUUUUCCACAAACUCGCUCCGCCUGGGUGCCCAAAUAGGUCGUUUACAGAUUAGUGGUAUUUUUCCAAGAGACGGACCAUUCUUGUAUUCCGUAUACACGUAACUCAGUGAUGAUAGUCGAAGUCUAAUCUGUGUCUGAACUAUACUUCUAGUGAGAGAUAAUAAUUUCAACCAAAUUGGAUGAGAGCUGGAGAAAUUUUCAAGAAAUACUACUGGAUUUAUAUUCUAAAGACGUGUGGAAAUGAUUCUUCAAACAAUUUAUUUGAGCAAUUAACUCAUCACCAAGGACUCGCCAGCGGCUCAUGCCCUAGUCCCAUGUUAGUAAAUGGAAGUUGUGAAUAUAAUUAUUUCUUAUGGAACAACUCAUUUAAACUCGUUUUGUUUGGCUUAUCAUGGAAUACCACAUUUAUUACAACAUUGAGAAAAAACGGAAUAUCAAGGAAGUCAAUCUCUGACUGCGAAUGAUAUGUUGACAGCAAUAAUUUGAUAAUAUGUCGGAUUUAAUUUUCAAAAUGUCGCCGAUGAAUAUCCCUGUAGCCAGAAGUGACUCGACUUCGGAGGGAGAACUUGGCCACUUUACAAAGGACUCGUCAACAGCGAGCCAGCACUCGACCGACGAGGUGCACGAUUUGCCACCAAUUGUUGGGGCUCCUAACAGCACGGUAGCGGCCCGGUAUGCCAUCCUGGCAGAAAGCCAUCCAAAUGGAGCAUUGGGACAGAAGGAAAACCAUCAUCCUGGUGGGAUUUUACCACUCAAUAUUCGCUCUAACAGUAUAUACGAGACUCAUCAGAGUAGCCCGUCACUUAGACGUCGCUUAAAGGUCCUAAUCCGACAAAAAUCAGAACCAGAUAUGUUAAUUGGAAGGGAUCUAGGGUUGAACAGCCCUCGAAUGCGAAGGAUGAUCGCCCCUAGUCCUCCACCAGGGGACUCGCCCCGAUCACACAGCGGAUCGGACUGUAACUCACCCAGGAUAAUCCGCAAGCCCAGGUCCUUCCACGGACAUGGCAGUUCUCCUCGAACCCCAAAGUCGGCGGAAAACUCGCCCAUGAUCAUCCGCCGUUCCAUCCCGACGGCUCAAUUACAAUCCCCCAUCUCCACCACUCAACCUUCUGGAGGUGAGACCAUUGACGGCAUCAGACAGACUAGGUCCCAUUCCAUUGGGUCCAGACCUGAGGCAUCGCUCAGUGCUAACCCUUCAGGUCCUGGCUCACCCUUUACGAUGAGAAGAGAGGUGAACCUCAGGAAAGCGUCAGCGAGUCAGUCCGACUUUCUACCUGCCGUCAACGGAAGCACUGACGGAUGUGUCACCCAGUCAAUCACUUCACAAGAGUCCCGAAGAUCAUUCGCCAGUGAUGAUGACAGCACCGGAUACAUCUCCAUGGAAACGGUCCAAAAUUCCCUCAUCGAAAACAUAUCUCCAGACGACCGAUACGGUCACUCCCGUGGCCCUCAUUCUAUUCGCAAACAACAACCUCAUCAGCUGCAACACGACUCGCAACACCACCAGCAACACGAUGGGUAUCAUCAUUACCAUCAACAGCAACCACCGCAGCCGCAUCCGCCGCAUCAAAUGCCAAAUUGUAGGGUUGAAAGGAAUUCCGUUGCAGACUGCAGCCCGCCCCCUACGAAUUCCCCAACGAGGGAGUUUGACAACCCCGAACACUCGGAAGCCAUGCGCGAAAGCUUCAACAACAGUUACAGCAGCGGAAGCGCAGAGAGGUCAAAGUUCGAGGAAGUAUCGAGCGAAGAGAAACGUCGUGACAACAGCCUCUAUGACAUUGAAGAAGCACGCGAACAGGCUGAUGAAGUCCCAGACGCCCCGGAGGAGUCUGAUUGCAAUAAAAACUCUCGAGGGAAGGAAGGCGACGCCAAAGGAACGUCCCAAUGCAAAGAUGAUGUAAAUAAUCAUAUCGUUCAAACACCACUGGUGAAUGAGGAAAAUGUUAAAGAAAACGAGAACGAUGAUGCCAAAGAAAAAGCUCUAGAGGAGAAUGGACAAAACGUAUCCGACGUCGAGGAGGAAGAUGAUAAGAACGGCGAGGAGGAUGACGGUGAUGACUACAGCGAAGACAGUUAUGAGGAAACCGUACCGGAAUAUCAGAAGGCACCGAUAUCGACGAAAAUGAGGGUUAAAAACUGGCUGGCCGGUUUGCAAAAGACCGGAAAUGAGAGCUCCGCGCGCAUAGAUAGAUUCUUGCCAGAAAUCAUGUGACCUUUCAACUGACCCGAACUUUGACAUUUUACGUUCGAUCUUUGAUAAGAAGUUGAUUAUACAUGCAUAGGCUUUAUAUAUGUCCUCUGUCUUCCGUUUGUGGCUGAAAUGGUAUUAUGGACACAUAGUUUGUCAAGCUUUUUAGAUGCAUAUUACUCCUUCUUCCCACCAAUGUUCUUUUUCAAAACUAACGGUUGUAGUAAGUGGAAUAAUUAUAAUCGUAUGGAAUUCAGCUAAAUAUCUCACAUGAUUUUUUAUUAAUAAUGUAACUGUCAGGUGAUAACAGAUGUUAUAUUUCUCUUGGAAUAUUUUGUUAUUCUUCUUUGAUUCAAGUAAUAAAUUAUUUCAUUGUUGGGUAUUUCGACUCUCAAAAUUAUAACGCUAAAUCUCGUAAAACUGCCGAGGGUAUCUAAGCAAAUUUAUAUUUAAACUGACACUUAUUUCCUUCUAAUUGACAACUUUGCACACAAAAAAGAAUAUAACAGUAAAGUAACUAAAUUCAGAAAGUCGGCGGCAAAAAUCCGGAAUGCAAAUGCUUGUGUUGGGAAUGAAUAUUUAAAAAUAAGGACAGAUUUCUGUAAAAAAUGAGAGGAGAGUAGGGCAUAGAGUAUACGCUCAUUUUAAUAUUUCAUGUUCAUACCUACUAUUCAGUAUACUGUUUCGAGCCUUCUGUACUAAGUAAGAGGUGUUUACUAUCACACCAUCACACGCUAAAGAUUGCAGUGUACUAGAAUAUUAAUAAGAAUAGGCAGCAUACAUCUCAUUUUAAAAGCUGAUACGACUUCGCUUUGCCGACUGCAAUCGAGUUCUCUUGACUUUCAUUUUGACAUCAAUAGACUGACUUGCCAUCACAAAUUGCAUCAUUGGAAAACAGAAAAGAAUUAGCAACCCUUUGAGUUGAAUAUUCCAUGGAUGUCUUUAA